UUUCAUGUGACCUUCUCUUAUCACUCACAGACCUUGCCUGUGAUUUGCUUCAAUACCGUCUGCUUUCAAGCUCCCCUUUAAAUAUACAGCUACUCCUCUCCUCUUCCCUUCACAAUAUCGUUCUCGAUCGAUCUCAAGCUUUUAAUUUCUUGCUCAAGAAAAACACACACCCAAAAAAAAAAAAAAACACAAACACAAACACAAACAAAAAGAGAAAGAUCAUCGACAUGAAGGGUUUUGUUUGUGCUUCUGUACUUGUCAUCGUUCUCCUUUUUGUUCCAGAAGUUAUGUCCCUGAGGCACGUUGGCCGGCGACACUCACGUGGUCAUGAGAGCCAUACCCACGACAAAGAACCUAAAGCAAAAGAAGGGUUGGUGGGAAAACCCAACUUGUACUCGGAAAGAAGGCCAAUAUUGAAGCGAAAGGGACCCGAUACGCUCCAAAUUGCAGGGUCAAGCUUGCCCGAUUGCUCUCACGCUUGUGGCUCAUGCUCACCAUGUCGACUAGUCAUGGUGAGCUUCGUUUGUGCAUCGCUUGAAGAGGCUGAGACAUGUCCCAUGGCUUACAAGUGCAUGUGUAAUAACAAGUCUUAUCCCGUUCCAUGAAUCUUGGUUAAUCCAUUCAACCAAAUGUAACAUUAUAGUCCUCAUUUUUUUUUUUUUCUUCCUUUUUAACUUUUCCUUUUUUGAGCCCCUCCAAUUAGAGCAGCCUAGGCCUUGCAAGGUAGCUUGUAAUCAGAUAGUUUCUGCUUGGUGAGUUGUUUAUCUAAAUUAACAAAAUUCUAGCUUUCAAGUA